GCUACCUAUUAUUACUUCAACGCUCUCUAAGUUUCAUUUCAUCAAGCUUAAUUCAUAAACUAACCUCCAAUAAUAAAUGGAUUCCAACCAAACAUCAUCAUCAUCUUCUUCUUCUUCUUCUUCUUCUUCUUCUUCUUCUUCUUCUUCUUCAGCUCUUCCUAUGGGGAAAUUUGAUGUGUUCCUUAGCUUUAGAGGUCAGGACACUCGCAGAGGCUUUACUGGUCAUUUGUAUGCUGCUUUGACUCAAAAACAUAUUCGCACAUUUAUGGAUGAUGAAGAACUUGAGAAGGGGAAAACUAUUGCACCAGAACUUCUGAAAGCCAUUGAACAAUCAAUGAUUGCAGUUGUCAUUAUAUCAACCAACUAUGCCUCUUCAACAUGGUGUCUAGAUGAGCUAUUGAAGAUUUCUGAGUGCCAUAAUAAGAAAGUGAAUAAUGGACGGACUGUUAUUCCUGUUUUCUAUCAAGUGGAUCCAUCUGAGGUCAGAAAGCAAACAGGAGUUUUUGGAGAAGCCUUUGCCAAACAUGACCAAGUUUUCAAAGACCAUGUGGGGAAGGUGAACCUAUGGAGAGAAGCCUUAACUGAAGUGGCCAAUAUAUCUGGAUGGGAUUUGAGACUCAGGCAUGAGCAUGAAGUUAUUGGUGAGAUAGUUGAAACGAUUUUAAGUGUGUUAAAUCGCACAUCAUCAACUAUUAUUAACAAGAAUUUAAUUGGAAUGGAUUCUCGAAUUGACAAAAUGAUGUCAUACUUAGAUUUAGGAAGGUCAAAUGAUGUUCUUACCAUAGGAAUAUGGGGGAUGGGUGGUAUAGGAAAGACUACUCUUGCACAUGAAAUACAGCAAAAGAUCAAAAGCCAAUUUGAUACUAGCUACUUUGUUCGAAAUGUUAGAGAGGAAUUUGAAAAACAUAAUGGCCCACAACAAUUACAAAAAGGUUUAUACAAUUGCUUGUUGGGGUAUAAUAGUGAUGAAUUUAGUAGUGUGGGAAAUAAUUACAAUAGAUUGUGCCAUAAGAAGGUGCUCAUCAUUCUAGAUGAUGUUGAUCAAUUAAAACAGAUAGAGACUUUGGUGGGAAACUGUGAUGAGCAGCGUCAAUGGUUUGGUUCAGGGAGUAGAAUCAUUGUAACAACUAGAAAUGCACACUUGUUAAAGAGUUUUGGAGAGAAUAACAUCUAUCAAGUUGAUAAGUUAGAUAAAGAAGAAGCUCUUCAACUCUUUUCUAGGAAAGCGUUUCAUAUGAACCAUCCUCCAGAUGGUUACAAAGACAAGACCAAUGAGGUUAUGAAAUAUGCCAAUGGUCUUCCUUUGGCUCUUGAAGUUUUGGGUUCCUUCUUGUAUGGGAGAAAUAUUGAAGCAUGGUCAAGCACAUUGGUAAGGCUGAAAGAGCAUCCUAACGAAGACAUUGUUGGUCCACUUCAGGUAAGUUUUGAUGCAUUAGAGCAUACAGAGAAGACAAUGUCUUUGGACAUUGCGUGUUUCUUUAAAGGAGAGGAAAAAAGUCGUGUGAUAAAUAUACUUGGAACUUGUGACUAUUCUCCAAUCAUCGAUAUAGAGGUCUUGGCUGAAAAAUCUUUGGUAACUUUAAUAAAAGAUAAACUCUGGAUGCAUGAUUUAUUACAAGAGUUAGGUUGGGAUAUUGUUCGUCGAGAAUCUCCAAAACAGCUUGGAAAUCGUAGCAGGUUGUGGCUUCAACAAGAUAUUCUUAAUGUACUUGAAGAGAAUAAGGGAACACAAGCCGUUGAAGGCAUAUUCUUUUGCUUGCCUAAAAUAGGUCAAGAGUUUCACUUGAAAGCUGAUCCUUUCUCCAAGAUGUGUUAUAUGAGACUGUUAAAGAUAUGUAAUGUGAACUUUUCUGGAUGUGUUAUUGACUCUUUUUCUAAGGAGUUACGACUUUUGGAAUGGCAUGGAUAUCCUCUAAAAUCUUUGCCCACAAAUUUCCAUCCUCAUAAACUUGUUGAACUCAACUUGUCUAACAGUCGCAUAGAAAAGAUAUUAUGGAAGGAGAACAUGGUAUCAGAGAAGUUAAUGUUGAUCAAUCUUAGCAAUUGCCAGUACUUGACCAAGAUCCCAAACUUCAAUACGACCCCAAAUCUUGAAAAAUUGAUCCUUAUAGACUGUAAAAGACUAUCAGCAAUUCACCAAUCCAUUGGAGUUCUCAAGAAACUUGUUUUGUUGAAUCUGAAAGGUUGUCAAUCUCUUAAGAUACUUGUCAAGGAGAUGAGAUUGGAAUCUCUUGAAACUUUAAUUUUUUCAGGAUGUUCAAGGCUUAGCAAGUUUCCAGAGAUUGUGGGAAAUAUGAAAGAGUUGACUCAACUUUAUUUGGAUGGAACUGCUAUAGUUGAGCUGCCAGAGUCCAUCAAAUGCUUGGAUGGUCUUACUUUGUUGAAUCUGAAAGAUUGUAAAAACCUUCUGACUCUUCCAAACAUCAUUUAUAGUUUGACUGCUCUUACAACUCUUAACAUCUCAGGCUGCUCAUGUCUUGAUCACUUGCCAGAGAACCUUGGGAGUUUGGAACGUUUGGAAGAACUUGAUGCAAGUGAAACUGCCAUUAGAGAAUUACCUUCCUCCAUUUCACUCCUGAAGAGCCUCAAGCAUUUAUCUUUCCGCGGAUGCAGUGGCAUGCCUCAUGAGUCAUGGCUAUUGUUCUUAUGUAGUUGUUUGUUUGCUGCAGAAGGCUCUGAAUCCAUCGGCUUGAUAUUGCCUAAUUCCUUCUCGGGCUUAUUCUCUUUGAAGUCGUUAGAUUUAAGUAAAUGCAGCCUACAAGAAGGAGCUAUCCCUGAUGAUAUUUGGCAUUUAAGCUCGCUGGAGCAACUUGAUUUGAGUGAGAACAAUUUUAGGAGCCUACCUGAUAGCAUUGGUCAACUUUCUGCACUGAGAGAACUUACCUUAAAUUGUUGUAGCAAACUUGAGUCACUGCCAAAACUUCCCUUAAGUGUCAAAUAUGUGCUUGCCCGUUAUUGUGCAGCACUAGAAACUUCAAAUGAACAUACUAUAUGGACUUCUUCUAAGGGGCUUUGUUUGAUAGAUUGCCAAAAAUCAAAGGAGGAUAAAGGCUGGAAAGGGUACAAGAUUCCAGCAUCUAGCGAACAUGUUUUUCCCCUGCUUCAGGCAUCCUUUGAGGAUCAUAUUUAUCGAGGAAAUAAAUUUGGAUCGGUAUCACCUCAGAUUACAAUUCCUGAUUGGUUCAGCUACUCAAGUACUGGCUCUUCAGUUACAAUCCAACUACCUCCAAAUUUGGAAGCUAACAGUAUGUGGUUGGGACUUGCUCUAUGUAUUAUUUACGAUGUGCAAACACAAGAAAAUACAGAUUCAACAAUACCAGUUGUUUAUGAUGUUUACAUAUAUGAAGAUCGCAUGGAGAUGCCCCUUGAUAAUUUCAACGACAAAGAAGAAUUCAUCUCUAGUGCAGGGUCAUUUGGAGUUUGCAAGUAUAUCCCAAGAGAAGUUUUUAAUGGGCACUUAGAUAAGGCAAGUAGAAUUGAAGUUUCGAUAUCCUUGAAUAGUCUUUGUGCAUGUGUGAAAAUGUGUGGGGCACAUAUAAUUUAUAAGGAAGAUGUAGCAAAGUUUGUGAGAGAAUUGCUUCCUGAUAAUGACUUCCAAGAUUAUGUCAGUCAUUAUCAAGACAUAGUAGAUCAAGUAACAAAAACCAUCCCUGUUGGUGAGGUAGAAUCUAUUAUAACGGAACGAAGAAUAAUUGACAUGAUGGAAUCUGCUGAACAAGAACUUAAAGGCACUUCUAGUGAGCCAUCGGAUGAGGCAGAACAAGAAUUCACUUCACCAAAUAGGUUCUUGCUUCACGUAACUUCAAUUGCAAAACAAGGGUGCAAAAGCUUCUCAACCAUGCAGCUGAGGAGUAAGCUGCAAUCAUUGCUUUCGAGACUUUUUCAGGAAAGCUAUGCAAGUCACUUUAAUUUUGGUUGCAUUUUUCCUCUCAAAGCUAUUUUGCCUUGGUUCACCUAUCAAUGUGUGGGACGUCAAGCAUUUUGUUGUCUUACUCCAAACAUUUUGGAGGAUAAGAAAUGGCUAGGAUUUGCUCUCUAUGCUGUGUUUCGUAGUCGCCCGCCUUUCUCGCUUAACAAUUUGGACUCAAAAUCUUCGGCUUCCCUUGUUGCUCAUCUGCAUAUCAAACCAAGUGGCAUGCUACACUCAACACGAUUUUCACUCAAAAGAGACUGUUUUGUAGGCUCAGAUCAUCGACUUGUUGUAUUUUAUGUACCGGGUGUGCAUUUUCCACAAGAGCUGAAUCAGUGUGGACAAAUUAAUGCAUUGUUUGCAACUACCAUCUCAGAUCAUUUGGAGAUUGAAAUAUGUGGGAUUCGUAAAGUAUACGAGAAUGAUAUGAAAGAGUUUAUUCAAACAAUAAUUGAGUGCACAGUAGAGAGUCCAGCUGUACACCACGAGCAUUAUUGUAAAACUUUUGAAGACAUGGAGAAGAAGAUUUUUUAUGAAGUUGAUAUUCCUAGUGAAGAAAAGGCAUUUGAUUUGGGUUAUUUUUAUUCCUCUUUACCAAGGGAACAUAAAGUUUUGCAUCGACAAGUACAAGAUGUGGAUUAUAUUUCAACUAUCGCUAGGAGUCAAUCACAGUUGCCAACUGAGAACGAAAAAGACAUUACUCAGCAUUUUAUUCAAAAAUAUUAUCAGAGAUUUGAUCAAAUGUUGAAGUAUAAUUCUUGCUUUCCUCCAAGCGAAAUUCCGAAGUUGUUCGACAGUCACAAAAAUGAUCAUUCAAUAGAAAUCCAUCUAACUAAAGAGAGCAAUUGGGUUGGACUUGCAUUAUGGGCACAUUUCUCAGUUGAAGAGCCCUUUACUAGCAACGUUGAUGAGAAUCAAGAGUCAGAAAAUUCCCACUUCCUUAAUUGUUUUUUGGAAACAAAUGAAGGUAGUUUGGAACCUCUUCACUCAUAUCAAACCACAAAUGAAGAAAUAAAGUGGUUACCCCGUCUAGGAGGAUUCAUUUGGCUAUCAUACAUACCAUGUGGUUCAUUCUCUGAUCAGUUGAUCAGUUUCAUUGAAGCUUCAUUUGGAAGCGAAAGGCCUGGUUUGUUGGUGCAAAAGUGUGGAAUCCGUCUGAUAUAUGAUCAACAAGAAUUUGAGCAAAUGAUACUUCAUUGCAUGAAUGCCUUUUUUGAGGAUUGGGAUCUAAUGCAAGAAAGCCUUGUAGAGAACAACUCAAUUUUAGAUGUAACAUCUUCUUCAACAGACUCAGAGUCAGAGCCUACUUAUAUUGUCUUAGACAUAACAGCUGAGACAGUACUCUUUGAAAGCCAUUCAAUUGUGGAGUGGAUAAAAAACUUGGAGAAAUUUCUUAGCAAGUACUUCAAGGUUUCUUUGGUAGUCAUGCUCAGUCUUGCAGGGCAUAUAAUUUCAUUCCUACGGAGCUUUGAUCCUAACUUCAGAUUUAACUUUUGUUUCCCUCGAAAAAAAGUUCUGGAGUGGUUCAACCAUCAGACUGAUAUGCCCAAGAUGAUAUUCCAAAUACCGCAAAAUCUUUAUGAUGAUGAUAAAUGGAGGGGUUUUGUGAUAUGCGCUGCCUUUACUGUUCAUGAACACCCUGCUGCAAUUCUUGACAACCUUUAUUCUGAAAUCGAUGUCCAUCUUAUAUGUGAUUUCAUCUUAGACCAAAACAGAUGUCUAAUGCCUGCUCCCAUUCUCCGCAUCAAUAAAGAGAAAUUCAAGUGGUUAUAUCUUCGUGGCUUCAUUUGGUUAACUUAUAUCCCCCGUGAUGCAUUUACAGACUAUUUGAAUGAAGUAAGCUAUGUAGAGGCUAAAAUGCAUAGCUUUGAUUGCCCUGGCCUGGCAGUUGAGAGGUGUGGCAUGCGUCUUCUGUACCAAGAUGAUGUGCUAGAAUUUCAACAAACAAUAGUCAAGUGUGUGACCUCCUUCUUUGAUGAUUUAGAUCCCAUAUGCCUAUUUUUGAAAGACAAAAAUAAGGAAAAGUCCCCUGAUUUUGACAACUCUUACAUUGUUCCUCGAAACCAAAGAACGGAUAUUGAGCUACUAGUAAUAGAGUUUCAUAGGAAUUCCAUAUAUAACUCAUGUUUCACUUCAACUGAAAUUCUUGAGUGGUUCGGGAGUUAUAAUAUUGGUGGCCCUUCAGUCAAAAUUGAGCUGCCUACUACUCUAUUAUUCGAUGACAAUUGGAUAGGAUUGGCAUUAUGUGCAUAUUUUUCUGAUCUUGAUCCCCAACAUCCAAAUGCCAGCAUUGUCAAUUUGGAUAAUACAGGAGAAUGUUCUCACCAUCUUAUUUGUCACUUGCAAACUGAGAGAGGCAGCCUGGAACAUCCCCAUGUCCACCGAACAACCAAUGAAGAAUUCAGAUAUUUAGACCAUGAAGGCCGAUUCUUUUGGCUUUCCUACAUACCAAGAGGGUGGUUUUUGGGUCAGCUAAAUGAUUGCAGUGUCAUAGAGGCUUCAUUUGUGAGUGACAGUGGAAGAAGAUUGUGUGUGGAAAAGUGUGGCCUCCGCCUUUUGUUUCAGCAUGAUGAGGAUGAGUUCAGGAAAACAAUUGCUCACUGCAUGAAGUCAUCGUCACAAAGUGAGGAUCUUGUUUGUCUUGGCAAUGAAAGAAAAAACAAGCCAUAUUUCAAUGACAACAGUGGUUGUGAGGCAGGCAGCAGCAAAGGUGGCCGCAGCACUACUAAGGUGGAUCCUUACCAAGAAAGAUCAAAAGGACCUAAUCCUACAAGUGUUAAAGGUAAGGAGAAACUUGUUUUGGAAUAAUAUAACCUCUCAAGCCAAAUGUAGAUAACUUCAUCCUCAGCCUUCAAGGAUCUAAUUCUUGAUCAACUUCUCUGGUUAUCACAUAAGGUUUGCUACUUUGUAAUUCUUGAUCAACGUCUGGUUGUCAUUACAACUUACAUUGUACUUGUAUAUAAUAUUAUGUAGAAAUUAUUCACUGAUAA